AAUGCUGCACUAUCAACAUGGCCUUGCAAGCAUUAUAUUGCACCAUCAUACAAGGAUGUAAAGGACUUGUUCGAACAAUGGAAAGAAACUAAUAAGGAAGACCAAAAGAUGUUCACUGAAUUCAUUAAUGAGAACGUGAAUCUGAACAAAGCAGAUGAAUCUAUGUUAAUCACUGCAAUAGUGGCACCACCAGCAGCCAUGAUGGAUAAGAAAGCAGGACAAGUAGUGCCUCAACUUGCACUUAUGAAUGCCAUACCUGAUGUUGUGUUUGUGCCCUCAGCUACACUUUUGGCUCUCAUUGCUAUUAAGAUCAUAAAAUUAACCUUCAUUGGAAAUACAACAUCUAAGGACACAAAGACACAUGUGCAACCUACACCUGAACAAAAACUUCCAACCACAAUUGCAUUUGAAAAAGAACCUCAAAUUGCAACUAAACAAGAACCUCAUACUACAACUACAAUUGAAGAACCUCAAAUUGCAACUGAACAAGAACCUCAAAACUACAACUGCACCUUCACAUAUACCUCGAUACAUCCACAAGGACAACACCUUUUGCCCCUUAUGUAA